CACCUUUGAAGCAGGGGAGAGAUAAAAGAUCUCUCUCAAUCUCUCCAUGAAUCUCUCCAACCUGCAACAUCAACACUUAAGCACUUCAACGAUUACCCAUCUCCAUUCACCUUUAUCUCCUUCCCCAUUUCUCUCUAUACGAUUCUCUCCAAUCUCCUCUCAUCAAUACAAACCAUCCCUCAAGCUUUUAACUCUCACCACACUUCCAUCCCGCCCAAUUUCCCUCCUCACACCUCUACGUAAGUUCACCUGUUCAAGUCUCUCUGUAAACGAAGCUCAAUUUUGGAGAAACGAAAAAGAACAAGAACAAGAUGAUGAUGAUGCUGAGUCUGAGGACUUAUCCCAAGAAGGACCCAUCUACAGUAAAAUACACAGAUUGGUGGAGUGUUCUAUGUUCGCAGCUGUUACUGGGUUAACUUAUUUCCUUAGUAAUUCUCUUCAAAUUGAGAAUUACUUGGGUUGUUUCUUUGCAUUUCCUAUUGUAUUAACUUCUUUGAGAUGGGGAAUAGAAGCUGGAAGGAAGAACAUGGUGGCAACAGCUGUUCUAUUGCUUGUUUUAUCUGGUCCUGUAAAAGCAAUUACUUAUGUGCUAAUGCAUGGUUUACUUGGUUUGGCUAUGGGAACUCUAUGGAGGUUGGGAACAAACUGGUGGCUUUCGGUUGUCUUAUCUGCACUUGUGCGGUUAGUUGGUAGCUUUGGGUAUCUUUUCUUAUCGUCGUUCUUAAUAAGAGAAGAUAUACUUGGUUUGAUUCUUGCUACACUUCACACUUACCUUACAUAUGGUUUAACUGCAUUGGGGAUGAACAUUACACCGCCAUUGAGUGCAGUAUUUGGAGUAUUCCUUUUCCUGGUGAUGAUUAAUUGUGGCUUCUUUGCGUUCUUGCUGCAUAUUCUUUAUUCGGUAUUUAUUUCUAGACUUGGAAUGGAUGUUUCUGUCUCCCUACCUGGUUGGUUACAGAAAUCAAUGACUUAAUAUAAGAAGAAGAUAUAUGCAUUCUUACUGUAUUAUUAGUCUAUGUAAUUCACAACAUUCUCAUUCAAAUAUAAAAUGUCUUAUAUUUUU